CAGAUUCUUCUGUAUUUUAAAGCAGAGGUUUAAAGAAAAAGAUCCGAAUUUCAGGGAGUUCAUUAAAAUUGGUUGAAUGUGGAUUUAAAUUAAUUAUUUUACUUUUAAUGAACCCAGGAUUUAAGGUAUCCGACUACGUUGAAAACAUAAAUAUGGAUGAGAAUUCGCAUUUUUUGCAAUUUUAAAAAAUAGAGGAUAAAUUCAUCGUGAAUGGCCAUGGAAGUGGAAAAUCAGGCGACGUCUCCAGCCUUCGAUGAUUUCUUACAGACGGGAAGGACAGGUAGAAGAAAUGCUCUGCCGGACAUACGAGGAGAAAAUGCCGCUAUAAGCACAGCAUCCUUGCCGGAUAGUUUACAGAAACUUACAUGUUCCGAUCUGCAAAUGGACUCUGCUUGUAGCACUCAAAAUUCUGGAGCCAGUCAAGGGACAGAAGCUGGUCCAUCUAACACAUAGCUGUCAGAUCAAGGUCUGUCUGUUUUCAAGUGUGGGAACUCAUCUGUAAUAGGCUCAUAAAGAAGCGUGGCUAAUAGGUGUGACCAAAACCAUGAUUUUUGGAACACUAGUCACAACCAUAUGUGAUUUGGAUGCAACAUGCGACUUGAAGAACUAUUAUAUGUUUUUUGUACAACUUUCCUUCUUGUGAGUGUGCUGUUAAUUGUGAAAAUUGAAAUCCUGAGCUGUUUUUAUGAAUGAACUGAUGUUUAGAUGUACAUAUUUGUAUGAAGCCAUUUUUUUUUUCAUUUGGUUUUGGUUUUAGAGCAAAAAAAAAAUUUUUUUUUUCAGUUCAUUAGCAUUCUGUGUUGUGUGUUGUAAGUUAUAAUUCAUAGAUUUUUUUAACGUGUAUUUAAGUGUUUUUAAUUUAUUAUUAUAGCAUUUUUGUAUAAAUAUUUUAAUUCUGUUUUUAAAAAGAACUUUGUACAUGUUUUUAUGUACUAAAUGUUAAUCACAAAUUGGCAAAAAUGUUGUUGUCUGAUGUAUAAAACAUUUCCUACAAUAGAUUGAAAUUUAAAUUCUGAUUGUUGUAGACAUUUUAGAAAUACCCUUGCUUACUUUAUUAUAUGUUCAGAAAUGAAAAUUUUUAAUUCAAAGUAGUAUCAGUGUUUCAAACAGGAAUUUGUAAUAAUUUGAAAACCACUAUGCUUUACUCAAAAUAUUUUGAUGUUUAAGCUACUGUGAUAAUCAACAUUUUAAUUUUUAGAAUUUAAAAAAAUGCCUUUUAUUUAUGAUCCUUUGUGCAGUCUUAGAUUCAGGUGUUCUUUACUUAAAUUGCAGUUGUGAAUGGAAGUGUACUGAAAAUAAACACUUCAUUGUAUAAUAAAACUUUUUUUUAGAAAUAA